ACUGGACCAAUCAACAAUCAGAUCAAUCCUGACCAUCAACUUUUUGGAUUCCCGCAUCGCAGAAGCUCCACGGUCGGCUCAAGCUCAGCAGAUCAACGACGACAAGAUGGCGGAGGCAUUGACACAAGCGAUAGCCCGCCAAGGGCCAGCGUCCUUCAAGCUGGGAACGAAGGCGGUGUUCCUGCCGAACCAUGUCGUCACCUUUGUCCGCAAGGACAAAUCACCACCAAAGAUGGCCACCUUCAACGUGCCCCUGACCUUUACAAAGUUCGACAUACGCGACUACCUCUGGAACCUCUACGGCGUCGAGACGACGGCGGUGCGCUCGCAAGUCAAACAGUCCGCCAUUGAACGGCGGUCGACGGGGUCGGGCUACUUCCGCCCGCAAAGCACCAAGGUCAUGACGGUGCAGCUCACGAAGCCCUUUGUCUGGCCGACCCCGCCCGAGGACCUCGAGCCGUGGAACAAGAAGCUGUGGGCGGCGCGCGAGAGCGUCUCGCGGGAGCAGUACCGUGGCGACAUUCGCAAACAGCUCGGCAAGCUGGCGAACCCGAGCAAGGACAAGGAAUCGUCUGAGAGGAAGUUCUUGCGGAAGCAGGCCGGCAGAAUCUUGAGAGGUUCUGCCGCCGGCAAGUGGGAUAAGGGCGAGGAGAAGGUUGACUUGGACAGCAAGUGGGAUCGGGCUGUGAAGAAGGGCAAGAGGAAUUGAUCGUGGAUCAGGAAGCACGGGCACGGGGGUAGGAGCAAAGAGUGAAUGGAUUUGUCCUGUCGGGGAAGGUAUGGCGACAAAAGGGGGGAGCCAUCGCGUGUACAAAAAUUUGCGAGAAGAGUGGUGAGCAUGCGGAUCGGCAUGUUUUGUACAACAUACAACACACAACAAGGAUGGCAUGAGAUAUAGAAAAAGUGUCAAUUGGUUUUGGUGUCUUUGGA